AUGAGCCGCGAUAGACGUCGCAUGAUUUGUCCGGAUUUUAUAGAAACAAAGAGCGAUGCCUCAAAAGCGCCUGGAACCGGUCAAUUGUAUUCUGUCGCAAUCGGCUCAUUCACAUUCUGGGCAGGCCAGAUGCGACCUCAAUUGAUAACCAUCCCUCGUGCCGCACGCCUACGAAUCCAGUUGACUGCGCCAACGGCGUGCGGCGGUCCUCGCAGUUAUACCCAUGUAGCAGCAGCCACACGAAUUUCACCCUCGCACUACUCCAGAGCUUACAGGUUAAAUCGACUAUUACAAAUAGCUGGCACGGCACCAGAACAGAAAAGAUGGAUUACACAGAAUUAUCUCCGGAAGAUGAAGGAGGCUGAUGAUCGAUGGAAGUGUUAUGCGGAGGAGAUUAAGGCUGGGAAACGGAAGAGCUUUGUUGAGCACCUUGAGGAUCGGUGUUUGAUAAAGGAUUAUGUUGGGGGACGAGAUGUUCUGAAUUCGAUCCUGAUUGAGAAGAGGGCUGGAUUAUAUGCCGGCGUUGACCCGACGGCUCCCUCUCUGCAUGUUGGACAUAUGCUGCCAUUUAUGGUGCUGGCUUGGGCUUAUGUUUGGGGAUUGCCUGUGACGUUCCUGCUGGGCGGUUCUACAAGCAGAAUCGGUGACCCAACAGGGCGAUUGAAAGGACGAGAGAUGCUACCCACGGCAAUACGAAAGGCAAAUAUCGCGAGCAUGCACAUGCAGCUUAAGAAGCUAGGCAUGAGCAUUGAGGUAUACGGAAGGAAAUACGGAUAUCAUCAUGAAUGGUCUUGGCGGCGGGCGUUGACAAACAACAACACAUGGUGGAACAGUGUAUCGUUUCUCGAGGUUAUGAGGGAUCUGGGCUCGGUCAUGAGGCUUGGUCCUAUGUUGGGCAGAGAUACGGUGAAGACUCGGCUAAGCGGAGAGGGCAUGUCCAUUGCGGAAUUUUCAUACCCCUUGAUGCAAGCAUGGGACUGGUGGGUUCUGUUUCAAAAAGGAGUCCAGGUCCAGGUUGGAGGUUCCGAUCAAUUCGGAAACAUUCUCUUUGGGAUCGAUGCUGUCAAGGGGAUAAGCAGGAAUACUGCCAUCCAGGAAGCUCGAAAUCCACUGGAAAACGAACUCGAUUUCCCCGUCGGUCUCACGACUCCAUUAUUGACGAACUCAGCGGGCCAGAAACUUGGGAAAUCCGCUGGGAAUGCUAUCUGGCUUGACAAGGAUAUGACGUCCACUUUUGAGCUUUACCAGUACUUUGUCCGGCUUCCUGACGAUGCCGUGGAGCGCUACUUGAAAAUGUUUACCUUCAUACCACUGCCUAAAAUCGCAGAAAUCAUGGAGGAGCAGAACCGCGAUCCUUCCAAGCGACUUGCUCAACAUGCUCUUGCCUACGACUUCGUGGAGCUUAUUCAUGGAACCAAGGAGGCUGAGGCUGUCUCAUGGCAGCACCGCCAGUUAUUCCGUCCACGGUCUUCGACCGCAGAGCCGACACCACCUCUACCUUCCCAAGGGUCGAAGCCGACCUCAGGCAAUCCCAAAUCGCCCUAUGCAGGAUUCAUCAAUCCCCAGUCCGGGAACAAAUAUGCGCCUCAGGUCUCCUUCGCAGACAUGCCAAGUGUUAAAACUACUCUCCCUCGUUCAUUGGUGUACAAUCAACCAUUCAACAGAAUCCUUUGGUACACAGGCAUGGUAACCUCAAAGAGCGAAGGGAAUCGGAUCAUUGCUAAUGGCGGCGCCUAUGUUGGAAGCCGCCCUGGAGACUCUGGACAGAUGUCGGACGAACUGUCAUUCACGCCCAUAAAGGACUUUGCGCGUGAGAAGACAGAGAAGUAUAUCCUCGAUGGGAAGAUCCUCAUUCUCAAAAUAGGAAAAUGGAAGUUCAAGAUGGUGGAUAUCGUCAGCGACGAGGAGUUUGAUGAGAUGGCCGGUCAAUUCCCUGGAUGGGAACAGAUCAAAACCUAUCGAGAUGAAGUAAGGAAAGAAGAAGCAGCCAAAGCUCAAGCAACGGAGCAAAAGACGACUUGAGAAUGAGGCCUUGGGGCGGGAAUUGGUUCGAUUCUCUACGGAUAUACUCCGUACUCUGUAUUUCUAUGUAGAUAGAUACCUUGUGCGCGCAUUAUACCUGCAAUGUACAGUAGUGAGCUCCCAUCUUAUCAUAUAAUACAACAUAAUAUCCA